AUGAAUGACGGUCUUCAGAAGUGUACCAGAAUGUGCAGGACUGCCGCGGUAGGUUGGACGUCACUGGUCCAGCUUGUCUCACUCCUCGUCCGUCCUGUCCACGCUGCAAUCCCAUACUCUCCGUCCCAUCUCCUCUAUUCCUCUCAAUCGAACGACUCAUUCGCAUACUUACUGCGACCCAACGAUUCCCAUCAAAAUGCCAGCCAGUUCCUUUCACUGAACAUCUCAGGGAAGGUCGACCCCGCCAACCCGCAGUACACGCUGCUUCUCGAUGAGUUGCCGUUCCGAGCUGACAAUCAGUCCACUGCCUUCAUUCCAGCCAUUGAUCAGCAUGGCUAUAUCAAGGUUCUCGCAGGGGGCUGUCACAACCCUACGGAGGAGCAGAGCAGCAUCUGGGAAUUCAAGCCGAAUAGGAGCACCACCAUCGGCAACGGAACAUGGGAGCGGCACAAUGUGGAAUUGGAUCAACACGACAUGGGUAUCGACAUUCAGGGCCCCAGCUACCUAGCCGCAGGAUUUGCAUGGGCCUCUACCAACGGGACAAAAAGCUCGCUGUACACAUUUGGCGGCAUGUGUCCAUUCAACGUGAGUUCAAAAGCAACUUGGACUUAUGCUGCCAACUAUUCGCAGUCCAUGAUGGUUCUGAGUCCUCCGGAUUCUAGCGCCACCUCCGCUUACAAGCUGUCAACCGGGGGUCAUCGGGCUCCGCCCAUUGCAGAGGCAGGAUUCACCAUUACACCGUUACAGCCAACCUAUGCAUCGUCGCCCUCGAGCCGAACCCCGCAGCAGCAAGACUUUCUCAUGAUUGGUGGUCACACCCAGAAGGCCUUCCUCAACAUGUCAGAGCUUGCCAUUUAUUCCCUGCCGCAUGACAGCUGGAGUUUCAUCACCGUGCACACCGGGGCCGACGCGGGGAAAACCGAGCUUGCAGUUCGCGAUGAGUACCUCAUUGAGCCGCGAUCAGGACACACGGCCGUUCUAUCCCCGGACGGUGGCAGGAUCGUUGUGUUCGGAGGCUGGGUUGGUAGCACUGCCCGACCCGCCGAUCCACAACUGGCGAUUUUGGAGAUGGGCGAAGACUUUGGAGGCAGCGGUGCAUGGAAAUGGAUGAUACCAUCUACCCAGGGUACUGGACUUGCCGACGGAACCGGAAUUUAUGGUCAUGGCGCAACAAUGCUUCCCGGAGGUGUGAUGAUGAUUGCCGGUGGCUAUAGUAUACCUAAAUUCACGAAGCGCUCUGCGGCGGGAUUUCAGGCGAACUCCCAAGUUUACUUAUACAACGUUACCUCGGGCAGCUGGGUGACCUCGUAUGUCAACCCGAGCCUACAAGAAGCCCCCAGUGCGUCCUCUUCGACAACCUCAUCCUUGUCUAAGAAGGCAGGACUUGGUGUCGGACUUGGUUUGGGAAUCCCUGCUGCAGCAGGCUUAGCUGUGUUUACUUGGUUCCACUGCCGAAGGCGCCGAGUACGGCGAUCACGAGAUCGAGAACUUCGCAAGCUGGCUCUCAGUGCCCAAAGAGCGCAUUUCUGGGGACGAGAUGAGCCCGAAAUGGCAAGCAGCAUUCGUGUGCCCAGGUCUCGAAACACCACCAAGUCGUUCUCCUGGAACAGCGGCGAAAUCCCGAACUGGGAAAGGCAUGGGGAAGCCGCCGCUGAGAGAACAGGCUUGCUCGUUGGCGUCCCGAAUCCACCUAAGAACAGCCAACAAAGCUUGGGAAUGAGACCGUACCGUUAUUCCGGGCCUUAUCAUGAGUAUAGGAGAAGUGAUGCAACGGGUGACAUACAUCCGAUUGAUGAACGCGAUGAAGAAGAGGGACCGAGCCGAGGUUACAGCACUUACGCGAGGGCUGCGGCACCUGAAUCCAUCUCAGGAGCGGAAUUUCUGACCCCACAGAGCACAAUGGAUGUUAGGAACUACCUUGGCCCUUCAACCCUACACAUGCAGGAUGCACCUGGCCAAGAUUUACAGAACGAAGGUGCGCUCUCCGGUCAAGACGAGCGAACGUCGUCGAAUCUUUCAGACUCCUCGACAUCGGCCAAAUCUGGGGCAACUGCCCAUUCCUCAAUCCGAGGCUCAUUUUCUUUGCCUAUAAAACCGUCAUCUCCGGAUAAGCCUCCUUCAACUUCCACUCAUGGUUCCGCACUAUUUCGAGAGAACCGCUACUCCUCGGACUCCUACUCCACCGCCCAUACCACUCUAUCUUCACGGCAGGCCGAGGGGGUACAUCUUCUCAGAAAUGAUCCUGAGCCGCCCAUGAUCAUUGAGCGAUCCUCAGCCCGUUCACCAUCUCCCAGGCCGAAGAUGUCCGGUUGGAUUGGUAGUGUGCGACGAGUACUGUCGGGUACACAGAAACGGGUGGCGGGGAAACGAGACUCGUGGACAUCUUCGGUGGCUUCUGGUAUCGAUCGACGGCGGACGGUUGUUGGAUCCCGAAUGACAGACGAAUCCGAAGCUGAGUCCCGGGUCCCACGGCGAGCUGUUAGUGCCUCAGCCGAGCUGUUCCGACGGAAACAGGGUGCUCGGGAUUGGGGAGCUGGGAAUCGCGUCUCGCGGGAUAGUGGCCUGCAAACCAUCAGAUCGCAAGAUGACACGGCAUUGGAUGGCUUGAUGGAUUUUGACGAUGCCGACUGGGACGUCGAAGGUGCCGCCGAGGGCCGGCGCGUCCAAGUGUCAUUCACCGUUCCAAAGGAGAAGCUGAGGGUGGUCAAUGCCACCGCCGGAGACCUAGACAACCUGUCGGAAUUGUCCAUCAGCCGAAGUAACAGCGGAGCCUAA